AUGAUGUUGUUUAUUGCUGGACUCGUAAUUUUACUGUGGAUAAUCUAUCGAGUAUAUCAAUAUUAUUUUCCAACUCCAAACAUUGAUCCAAAUGGUAAAUAUGUCUUAAUUUCAGGAUGUGAUACUGGUUUUGGUCAUGGAUUAGCUAUCGAACUUGAUCACAAAGGUUUUCAUGUUCUUGCUGGUGUUUAUCUUCAAGAUAGUAUUAUUUCAUUAAAAAAUAAACUUUCAUCCAAUGCAACUGUUUUUCAACUUGAUAUUACUAAUCAGAAUAGUAUUGAUACUGCUCUUGAAUUAGUCAAUAAAAAGACAAAAGUUCUACAUGCACUUGUUAAUAAUGCCGGUCUUGCAACAGGCGGUCAUAUUGAUUGGAUAUCAAUGCAAACGAUGCGUAAAAUAAUGGAUGUAAAUUAUUUUGGACAUGUUGCUAUGACGAAAACGUUUCUUCCAUUACUUAUUACUAAACGUGAUUCUCGUGUUAUAAAUAUGAGUUCCAUGUGCGGUUAUAUUAGUCUUCCAAGUUCUUCUGCUUAUUGUGCAUCAAAAUAUGCAUUAGAAUCAUUUAGUGAUUGUCUUCGACGUGAAAUGGCUUCUUGGGGUUUACGUGUUUCUAUCGUAGAACCAGGUACUAUGCGAACAGCAAUGACUGAAGGAAUGGAAGAUUCUUUGAAAAAUAUUUGGCAUGAAUUAUCUGCUGAUAUUCAAGAACGAUGGGGUGAACAAUUCUUCAACGAUUCAUUAAAAAUGAUAAUGACUAGUCCUUUUAUAAAAUAUUCUGAAUGUCCAUCGAAAGUUAUUCGCGUACUCGAUCAUGCUAUUACAAGUACGACUCCUCAAAUUCGCUAUAGACCUGGUUUGCAAUCAAGUUAUUUCUUUUUUCCAUUAUCACUUCUUCCUGCUUGGUUAGUUGAUAAAAUACUUUCUCAAGCAUUUCGUGUCUCCCCUGCAGGAGUAAAAAAUCAAUCUAAUGAGUAA